AUGGGAACUAUUAAUACUUUCAACUUUUAUCCGGAAGCGAUUGAUAAGGCUGCAACAAAAGCAAAGGAAGCUGCCUGCUCAGCAACCGAAACGAUUAAACACAAAAUAUCGGAUGCAGCACUUAAUUUGAAAGAUAAAGCAUCAGAUAUUCUGGAUCAGGUUGAUACAGCCACCAGUCAUCAGUCCGAAGCACUACUGAAAAAGUCGCAAGAAAUUGAAAGUACAAAAACCUAA